GACGACCCCAGUGGCCAAUCAUUCACAAGAGCUUGUGCGUAGUAUCGGAGAAUCUUCACUACUGCGAAUGAAAAUAAAGAAAAACCAAAUAUUUUAGAGCUAAAAACGCAAAUCGAGGGGGGAAAAAAAGAAAAUAAAGAAAAUGAAAAGUUCAAAUUUUUUCGAAAAUUUGAAAAGAAAAAGAGAGGAGUCUCUUCGUUAUUGUACAUUCUAUUGAUAUAAUGUAAUGACCCGAGAGAAUAAUGACAGAGACUUGGUGGGUCACGCUUUCUUUAUGCGAACUUGCGCAUGAAGUAGCUUCCUCACUAAGGUGUUCCUUUUGAAGUCACUGUUGCAAAACCACUAUUGGGUUUUCCUUAUAAAUACCGAAGCAAUCCCACGGAAACUUUGCUGCUUCAGUGGCUUCUGUUAGUCUUGCAAAUUUUUCACGGUUUCGGAACUAUCUGAGUCUCUGUGGGUUUUGUUUAUUGGAGAGAAGAUAUGGAACCAGUUAGCAUGGAGAUAGACGGAUCCCAGCAACUAUCGGCUGAUUCUCUCCCGUUUGCCAGAAAUUAUCAGUUGGAAGCAUUGGAAAAAGCUAUCAAGCAGAACACUAUAGUUUACUUAGAGACUGGCUCUGGCAAAACUUUGAUUGCCAUCAUGCUUCUUCGGACCUACGCCCAUCUUCUCCGAAAGCCUUCACCUUACAUUGCUGUUUUCUUAGUUCCCAAAGUUGUCUUGGUCUCUCAGCAAGGUGAGGCUGUAAAAAUGAAUACCGAUUUGAAUGUUGGUAUGUACUGGGGAGAUAUGGGAGUUGACUUCUGGAAUGCUGAAUUGUGGAAAAAAGAAAUUGAUAAACACGAGGUGCUUAUAAUGACACCUGCAAUAUUGCUUGAUGGUUUGCGGUGUAGCUUUUUCAAACUGAGCAUGAUAAAGGUCUUAAUACUUGAUGAAUGUCACCAUGCCAAGGGUAAUGAUCCAUAUGCUUGCAUUAUGAAGGAGUUUUAUCACCAUCAGUUAUAUUCUGGUAAAUCUGAUCUUCCCAGAAUAUUUGGAAUGACUGCCUCACCCAUAAAAACAAAAGGUGGAGCAACAGACGUCUCCUACCGGAAAGCAAUUCAGGAACUGGAAAACCUGAUGCACUCAAAGGUGUAUACAUGUGCUAACGAAUCUGUGCUUUCUGAGUUUAUACCAUUUUCAACUCCGAAGUUCAAGUUUUAUAGGCAUAAAGAAAUCCCAUAUGCCUUGUAUGAACAUUUAACAAAGGAACUGACGAUUUUAAAAGAUAAGCAUCAAUUAUCCCUGAAAAUUUUGGAUGAUGAAGCCGCUGUAGAAUCGAUGUGCAAAAAGAUAAUGAAGGUGUUUUCAGCUUUUGAAUUUUGUCUGGGUGAACUUGGUGUCUGGCUAGCUGUGAAGGCUGCAAAGUCCUUCUCUUGCAAUGCAAUUGACCAUUUUCUGUGGGAGAAACCGGAUUUAUUAGGUGACAGAAUAGUUAAAAAUUUCAGUUUGGAUGUCUGUACGAAAUUUUCUGCUUUCCUGCCAACCAAUCCAGCUUGGACAAUUGGUGAUGAUGUAAAAGGGAAUGUUGAUGCAGGGCUUAUGACUGAGAAAGUUUUAUGUCUCAUUGAAUCGCUUCUUGAAUACAGGGACUUGAAUGAUUUAAGAUGUAUAAUUUUUGUGGAAAGGGUCAUCACAGCCAUUGUUGUCCAAUCUUUAUUAAGUGAGUUUCUUCCAAAGCAUAAUAAUUGGAAAACAAAAUACAUGGCUGGGAAUCAUAAUGGGCUGCAGUACCAAACAAGAAAAUUACAAAAUGAAAUUGUGGAUGAAUUCCGGAAAGGCAUGGUGAACAUCAUUGUUGCAACAUCGAUUCUUGAGGAGGGUUUAGAUGUUCAAAGCUGCAAUUUGGUUAUUAGAUUUGACCCUUCUGCCACUGUUUGUAGUUUCAUACAGUCCAGAGGCCGUGCUAGGAGGCAGAAUUCUGAUUAUAUAUUAAUGGUGAAGAGUGGGGAUCUCAGUACAUAUUCCAGACUAGAGAAAUAUCUUGGUAGUGGAGAAAUUAUGAGGAAGGAGUCUUUAAGCCAUGCUUCCCUUCCAUGCUCACCUGUUGAAAGUGAUUUGUGUGAUGGAUACUUUUAUUGUGUUGAAAGUACUGGAGCCAUUGUAACCCUGCAUUCAAGUGUUAGAUUAAUAUACUUCUACUGUUCAAGGCUCCCUUCCGAUGAGUAUUUCAAACCAACCCCAAGGUGGGAUAAUGAAACUUGCACCCUCCACCUUCCCAAGAGCUGUCCAUUACCAGCUAUUCAUGCACAGGGGAAUGUUAAAAUUCUUAAGCAGAUUGCAUGCCUUGAAGCAUGUAAGAAACUUCAUCAGAUUGGUGCUUUAACUGAUAAUCUUGUUCCAGAUACGGUUGUGGAAGAAGAUGAUGCACAAGAGACUGGGAGUCAGCAAUAUGAUGAUGAGCAACCCAGUUAUAUUCCAGUUGAGAUGGUCAGACCCUUUAUUCCAAAGGAUGCCAGCAUAUUGUACCAUUGCUACAGAAUUGAGCUGAAGCAAAAUUUUGAAUAUGAGACUCCAGUCCAUGAUGUUGUGCUUUGCAUGAGAAGUGAGUUGGAUUAUGACAUUGCAAAUUUGAAGUUUGACUUGCAAGUUGACAGAGGCAGUUUAUCAGUGAGCUUUAAAUACGAAGGGGUUAUUUCUCUUAACCAUAAGCAGGUGAUGGUGUCCAGAAGGUUUCAAAUCACUCUCUUCAGAAUGCUUAUGGAUCAUAACUUAGCAAAACUGAGGGAAGAUUUAGAUGGACUUGAUUUGGGAGAAAAUCUUGAGAUUGAUUAUCUUCUUCUCCCAGCCACCAGCGUAGACCAAAGACCUUUUGUAAUUGACUGGAGAUCUGUUACCUCUGUAUUAUUUUCAUGUGAAGAAUAUGAGAAGGAUCAUAUAAAUUGUUCUUUACCCAAGUAUUUACAUACAAAAGAUGGUCUUCGUUGUGCUUGUAUGCUCAAGAAUUCUUUGGUUUAUACGCCUCAUAACAAUCAUGUUUAUUGCAUCACUGAUAUUUUGAAUCUGAAUGGAAACUCGCUUCUAAAGCUUAAGAAUGGAAGAAAUAUUCCAUACAAGAACUAUUAUGAAGAACGGCAUGGUAUCAACUUAUGGUUUGAGAAAGAAUCACUACUUAAUGGCAGAAAAGUCUUCAAAGUGCAGAACUGUCUUUUAAGGUGCAAACAACGAAAGGAAAGAGAAUCAAGUAACAUGUCUGUUGAAUUGCCACCUGAACUCUGCUCCAUUAUCAUGUCACCUAUAUCGUUAAGCACUUUCUAUUCCUUCUCAUUUGUACCAUCAAUAAUGCAUCGGGUUGAAUCUUUACUCCUUGCUGUCAAUUUGAAAAGGAUGCUUUUGGAUCAUUGCACGCAAAAUGUUGUCAUUCCAACCAUCAAGGUCUUGGAAGCUAUUACCACGAAAGAAUGCCAAGAGGUGUUCCAUUUGGAAUCUUUAGAAACUCUUGGAGAUUCAUUUCUCAAAUAUGCUGCUAGUCAACAGCUUUUUAAAACCUACCAUAAUCUUCACGAGGGCCUUCUUAGUGCAAAGAAAGAUAAAAUAAUUUCUAAUGCCGCCCUAUGUAUACGUGGAUGCAACCGCAAACUUCCGGGCUUCAUUCGUAACGAGUCUUUUGAUCCUAAGAAGUGGUUUAUACCAGGAGAUAAUUCUACAAAUAAAUCAAUUAAGGAGGAGUAUCUAUUUAAUACAAAGAAAAUUUACAUUAGUGGAAAAAGGAAGGUAAAAUGUAAGAGGGUUGCUGAUGUUGUUGAGGCACUAAUUGGUGCAUUCCUCAGCACAGGUGGUGAGGUAGCUGCCGUAAUGUUUUUGGAUUGGCUUGGUAUAAAUGUUGACCUUGUCCAUGUACCAUAUGAAAGAAAUUUUGCAGUGCAACCUGAGAAGCAUAUUAAUAUCAGGCAUUUAGAGUCACAGCUGAACUACUCAUUCAAUGAUCCUUCUCUGUUAGUUGAAGCACUGACCCAUGGUUCUUACAUGCUUCCUCAGAUUCCAAGAUGUUAUCAGCGGCUAGAAUUUCUGGGAGAUGCUGUCUUGGACUAUCUCAUCACUAUACAUCUGUACUAUAAAUUUCCUGGGUUAUCACCAGGAUUGUUAACUGACAUGAGGUCUGCUCAAGUGAACAACGACUGUUAUGCACGAUGUUCAGUUAAGGCUGGAUUGCAUAAGCACAUUCUUCAUCUCUCACGUCAUCUCCACAAGCACAUCGCUGAAACAAUUGACAAUUUUGGAAAGUUGUCUUCAGAAUCAACAUUUGGGUGGGAAACAGAGACAUCUUUCCCCAAGGUACUGGGGGAUGUUAUAGAGUCUCUGGCAGGGGCAAUUUUUGUGGAUUCUGGAUAUAGCAAAGAAAAAGUGUUUGAGAGUAUAAGACCUCUUUUGGAGCCAUUGGUUACGCCUGAAACGGUGAAGCAACAUCCUGCAAAAGAGUUGAAUGAACUUUGCCAACAAAUGCAUUAUGACAUGAAAAAACCAGUAAAGUGCAGUGGGAGAGGACAGACUUCCGUAACAAUAGAGGUCAAAGCUAAUGGGGUAACUUACAAACACACGGAGAAAUCCUCAGACAAGGAUAUCGCCAAAAAAGUUGCUUGCAAAAAGGUUUUGAAGGCUCUGAAACAAGCCAAUUCUCUGAAUUAAAAUAAUGAAGCAAUUUCCAUCAAGUUCUUCCACUACUUAUAAAAUUGAAGAAUAAAAUGUAGAUGUGAAAGUAGCUUAUUUUUGUGUUUAUGUUUGUCAAUGAUUCCUUCAAGUCUUGUAACAGUGAAUCCUAUAAUUAAUAAAAUCUUCUCAGCUGAAUUUGGGUUUUUUCAGCUGCUCGUUUUCCUAA